AAGUGGCUUUCCUGCAGGGCGAGAGGAAGGGUCAGGAGAACCUGAAGGCCGACCUCGUGCGGAGAAUCAAGAUGCUGGAAUAUGCUUUGAAGCAAGAAAGGUCAAAAUACCACAAAUUGAAAUUCGGGACGGACCUGAACCAGGGAGAAAAGAAACCAGAGGCCUCUGAACCAGUGUCCAACGGGCCAGCGGAGCCCCUUUCCCUGGAGAACAGCCCGUUCAUCUGGAAAGAAGGACGCCAACUCCUCCGUCAGUAUUUGGAGGAAGUGGGCUACACCGACACCAUCCUGGACAUGCGCUCCAAGCGCGUCCGCUCUCUGCUGGGCCGCUGCUCCAUGGAGCUGAACGGGGCUGCCGAAGCCAGCGGCCUGAGCCCCGGACCAGCCCUGGCGGCCACCAGCCUCAACGGAGGAGAAUCGCUUCUCGUCAAGCAGAUUGAGGAGCAGAUCAAAAGGUGA